UAAACCCUAAAUUUCCGAACAAACCCCACCAAAAACAAAUUUUACUGUUGUUUCGUCUACCAAGUACUAACGACCCAAAAAAUCCUAAAACCCUAUUCCUCUCGAUCUGUCCCAAUGGAGCAGCAACCCGACAACAUCCUCUACGAAACCCUAAGCCCUCUCCGUCUAUCUACUCCCUCCGAUGUCCCCUCACGCCAUCAAUCUCCGCCGUUGGAUCAAUUGGAACCCUACACUGUGUUUCGCAACGAGAUUUCCUUAUCUGAUCUUGGCGGCGCUUACGUGGAGUCUCCCGCAGCCGAUUUUUUCUCUCUGGAUGUGAAUAGCAGUGUAGAUGAUGAAUUGGUGGAAGUCGAGCCGAUGAGGCAACUGGAGCCGGAGACUCCAGCUACGGAAGUGGAGCCGAGGUUGGAGAGCGGCUGGUUCAGAGGCAAUAGUAGGUUUAAGAGUCCGAUGCUUCAGUUACAUAAAGAGAUUGUGGAUUUCUGUGAAUUUCUUUCUCCAACCCCGGAAGAAAAAGCUCUUCGCAACUCUGCAGUAGAAUCUGUUUUUGACGUUAUCAAAUACAUAUGGCCCCAGAGCAAGCCUGAGGUUUUUGGCUCAUUCAGGACAGGCCUUUAUCUUCCAACGAGUGAUAUCGAUGUUGUGAUUCUGGGAUCCGGUAUCAUAAACCCACCAAUCGGUUUGCAGGCUCUUUCUAGGGCAUUAUCUCAACGGGGUAUUGCCAAAAAGAUACAGGUGAUUGCAAAGGCUCGUGUGCCCAUCAUAAAAUUUGUAGAGAAAAAGAGUGGUGUUUCGUUUGAUAUAAGUUUUGAUGCAGAAAAUGGACCAAAAGCUGCUGAGUUCAUUAAGGAUGCAUUAUAUAAGUGGCCUCAAUUGCGCCCAUUAGGUUUGAUCUUGAAAGUUUUUUUACAGCAGAGGGAGUUGAAUGAGGUAUAUUCUGGUGGGAUUGGCUCAUAUGCUCUCCUUACCAUGUUAAUGGCUGUAUUAAAGAGUUUUUAUGAGUGUCAAACUUCUCCAGAACAUAAUUUGGGAGUCCUUCUGGUACACUUCUUUGAUAUCUAUGGACGCCAAUUGAACACCACAAAUGUUGGUGUAUCUUGUAAAGGGACCCACACCUUCUUUAAAAAGAGUAGCAAAGGGUUUACAACUAAGGGGCGACCGUUUCUCAUCUCCAUUGAGGACCCACAGGCACCAGAUAAUGACAUUGGGAAGAACUCUUUCAAUUACUUCCAGAUUAAAUCAGCUUUUAUAACGGCAUUUGCAACCUUGACAAAUCCGAAGACCAUCUCUAGCUUAGGGCCGAACAGAAGCAUUCUUGGUACCAUAAUUAGACCUGAUCCAAUCUUGCUGGACCGUAAGGGAGGAUCUAAUGGUGAGAUGACUUUUAACAACUUGCUUCCUGGAGCUGGGAAGCCAUUACAUACACAAUAUGUGGACCAGCAACAAGAGAUUUUGUGCAAUUGGCAGUCAGACUAUGAAGAAGAAUCCUUCCCCCGCGGAGAUGAUCAGUCUUCCAGGAAGAAGCUGAAAACUUCUUUCAAAGAGAAAUCUAGAAAGAAGAAGGUUAAAGAAUCAGGGAAGAUGGAGAGGCACGAAGAAAGUGGCUCAAGGAAAGAGAAGACAAAGAAGAGACGGCGGAGACAUAACUGCGAUUAUGUCAACGGUUUUAGUUGAUAAUAUGGCAGUCAUUUCCUAUUUGGUUUUGUGUAUGUUCGCAUAUAGCAGUCAUGAAUCAGAGUUUGAGAACAUGAUUCUUGAUGCAUGGAGCAUCACAUUCUGCAGCGGAAAUGAAUUAGUAAAAGGCUGUGUGUUUUCAAGUUGGAUUUGUGAGAACUGCCGUUGAUGCUGCGCCAGGCCACUGGUUCGCCUUCAUCCACCAUCCAUCCAUGUUAUUCCAGAAGGUUUGAUCUUCUUCUUCAUCAACCAUCAAUAUUUGCUCCAAUUCCUUACGGUAGCUAAUAUCCAGAUAUUUCAAUUGCAACAGAUUUUGAGCGAUAGAGUGAGAAGAUAUGGUAGGCUUAAAGCAUAGGUGGGAGACCCCUACAUAAACUUUCUAGUUCUUUUAGGUAGUUUAAUUUAAAUUAUUUCAAAUUUGGGAGAAAUAAUUUAUGUACCAUGGUGAGACCUCUAAGUUGAAAUUAGACUUUCACUGGCAAGAAAUUCGUACGUAAUUUUUCCAAA